AUGACUUCGCCGUCAAACCAAGCUGGAAGUAGCGACUCCCGUGCUCGGACCUUCCUGAAGAUAGCCGCAGUCAACGUCCGCGGCCUUUGUUCUCAACAACGACUCGCGGAUUUUGAAGCCAACGUCAGGAAAGUGAAGUUCACUCUGAUUGGAUUAUCCGAAACCCGACGCCCUAACCGUGAGUGUCUUCAACUUGGAUCAGGCUUUGUAUUAUACAAUAGUGGACGUUGCGACGAUACCCCCACAUACGCUGGAGUGGGAUUUUAUAUGUCCACAUGGAUGAACAAAAAGCUCGUCGGUAUCCGUUACAUCAGCGAUCGUGUAAUACAAGCCGAGUUCCUUAUAAGAAAGAGACGUCUCAGGAUUAUUCAAGUUCAUGCGCCGACUUCUGCCGCAGCAGAUGAUGAGUAUGAGCGAUUCCUUGACGAGGUAGAAGCAGCACGACAUCCGUUUAGAAGUCCAGCUGUACCCGAAAUAAUCUUCGGCGACUUCAAUGCAGUCAUAGGACGCUCUCUCAACCAUGAGCCUGGAUGCGGACCUCAUGCUACUGGUAGAAGAAACGAUAGAGGCACGACACUGCUGUCAUUCUGCUCCGCAAAUGGCCUUUUAGUCGCCAACACCUUCUUCAAGAAAAGGUUCGGAAGAAAAUGGACAUGGAGAAGCCCAAACGGAACCACCCGUACUGAGAUAGACCACGUACUAUGCCCCAACUUGAAGUUUGUCCGCGAUGUGACAACGCUUUCUGGAUGCAAUGUCGGUAGCGAUCACCGAUGGUACGAGUAA